CCACGAAGGGGGCGCAUGCGCACGGAGAGGGCUGAGGCCGCGCAGCGGAGCCGGCGUGCCCGCCGCUUGCGUACGGCGGCUCGGCAGGUGACAGGACAGGAAACCAGUUCAUCCCAUUCCAAUACUUCGAUAAAAUGGGAUCCAAGCAGAUUGCCCAGGAAACGUUUGAUGAUGCAGUGCAAGAAAAUAUUAUGGAGUUUGAAAUGGAUCCAGAAGAGGCUGUGAGAGAAGCCGUGAAGCAAUUUGAGGCCCAAGGUGUUGAUCUAAGUAAUAUUGUGAAAGCCGUGCAGCAGCCUACCUCUGAAAAUGGCCAAAAGCAAAAACAUGAAAUUUUAUUGACUUUAGAUUCCCUCAGGAGAUCUGUUGCUGACUCCGAUCUCACUGAGAUGGCCGAGCAGUUAGUGCUCUUCGCGGAGCAAUGCAAAGAACAGCUGGCUUUCCGCUACCUGGCUGGGCAGCAUGGUGCCUAUUCUGUGGUAUUCUCUGCCUUCCAGCUGGCUUCCGGAGACAGAAAUUUAAUGCUGAAAGCUUUUUAUACUCUGUCUGCCAUCCUGGAUGGGCAGCCAGACCUACUUGACUCUGCUGGCCAGAAUCUGCUGCUACAAACUCUGAAAGAACGAGCAGAGGAUGCCGAAAUGACACUAGCUGGGAUCCGAUGCAUUCGACACGCGUGUCUGAAACAUGAGCAGAAUCGUCAGGACCUUGUGAAAGGCGGGGUUCUGCCACUUCUGACUGGAGCUAUCGUGCAGCAUGGAGACAGUGCUGAUGUCGUUCGAGUGGCCUCCUCAGCACUCAGGAUCAUGACAUUUGAUGAUGACAUCCGAGUGCCCUUUGGUCAUGCUCAUGAUCAUGCCAAAAUGAUUGUAUUGGAAAAUGACGGGUUACGGGUCCUCAUUGAAGCUGCAAAAGCUUUCACAGAUAACGCCAGUGUUCUCAGUGAACUGUGUGCCACUCUUUCUCGUCUUUCUGUCAGAAAUGAAUUCUGUCAAGAGAUUGUGGACCUUGGGGGCUUACAUUUUAUGGUGUCUCUCCUUGCUGACUGCAUUGACCAUCCAGAUGUGGUGAAGCAGGUGCUGAGUGCCAUCCGAGCAGUUGCAGGUAAUGAUGACGUGAAAGAUGCCAUAGUUAAUGCUGGGGGAACGGACCUCAUUGUGCUGGCUAUAAGCCAUCACCUUGCCAAUCCUCAGAUCUGUGAGCAAGGUUGUGCAGCCUUGUGCAUGUUGGCUUUACGCAAACCUGAGAACUGUAAUGUCAUCAUGGAAGGUGGAGGGGCUUUGGCAGCUCUCCAGGCUAUGAAAGCACACCCAAAGGAAGUGGCUGUACAGAAACAGGCUUGCAUGCUGAUCCGCAACCUAGUCUCUCGGAGUCGGGACUUUUCUCAGCCCAUCUUAGAGAUGGGAGCUGAGAACCUAAUAACAGAAGCUCGUGCAACACACAAGGACUGCGAUGAUGUGGCCAAAGCUGCACUGAGAGAUCUUGGCUGUAAAGUGGAGCUCCGAGAGCUGUGGACAGGUCAGAAGGGAAGCCUAGCUCAGUAAAUCAUCAGUCCAUUGAGCGCUGGAGCUACAAGGCAUCUGUACAUGAAGUCUGAGGGGCGGGAAACAAAGUGUCAUGAAUUAAUUUGCAGUUACAGCUGAGCUGGACUAUCUGAGGCAAAUGCCUGGCUUGUGAGGCUGCAGUGAACUUUUGUUUUUAUGAGAGCUAUGGCUGAAAUGGCUUUAUACAUUCACAGGCUGGAAAUCAACUCUAUGUAGUAAUCAUUCCUUGAAUCAUCUAAUGCCUGAAGAUGAUCUGUUCUCCCCUGUUUUGUAUGUUACACAUUUACAGAACAGGGCUAUUUCCAUGUGCUCUCUUCUAUCCAGUAAGAGCAAAAGUGGAUCAUGUUCAUAGGAAUUUGGUACAUAUUGUGGCAGCUGGUUCUGAUUUGUUCUGCUCCCUGCCGAUGGAGGCUAGCAGCCUGAUCUGUAAUGGGAUGAAUGAGGAGGGAUCCCAUGGUUAGUGAAUGUGUUCUGUCCUGUUUUACUCUUGUUAUACUAACUGUUAUUUUACUGCUGUUUUAGUACUGACCAUAUUCUAUGCUGCUUCUUUGUGUUGGAUUUUCAGUAAACAUAGCAUUUUAAACAAA